AAAAUUGUUACUGAAAAGAAAAAGAGAAAACAAAUGGUGAGAAAUAAAAGGAAGAAUCGGACAUAAUCUACACGUUCUUCUGAUUCACUCUAACACUUGUGCCCGCUCUCUUCUUUGUCUUCUUCCCUCCUUCCUCCGUCCUCAAAUUUGCUUCGUUCACUUACAGAUUCUCUCACCAGACACAAACUCCAGAUUCACUCCGACAAUGGAAACAUUCCGAACAUUCCAUCUCUUCUUUUUCUUCUCUCACUUUAUCUUCUUGACGACACACACUACGCUUACGUCCGCAAACUCUCAGAUCGUUGACUGUACAAUGUGCACGUCUUGCGACAAUCCAUGUCAGCCAAAUCCCUCUCCUCCACCACCGACUCCAUCUCCGCCACCUCCAACCACGACCACUGCCUGUCCUCCGCCUCCUAGCUCUGGGGGUGGUGGUAGUGGUGGUCCUUACUAUUACUACCCACCUCCUUCUCAGUCUAGCUCUUACCGCCCACCACCGUCUUCCUCCGGCGAUGGUGGCUACGUUUAUCCACCGCCUAAAAGUGGAGGAAACUAUCCUUUUACGCCGCCGCCGAACCCAAUCGUUCCUUACUUUCCGUUUUACUACUACAACCCUCCGCCGCAAUCUGUCGUGUUGUCUGGAUCCGUUGGGAAAACAAGUUUCUCUUACGGGUUUUCAUUUGCGUUAGUUUUUGCUCUUUGUUUCAGUAUGUUGCUUCUAAAUAAUACAGGUUAAAGAAGAUGAUAGAGGUUACUUGUAACAACAAGAAAAAUCCUCAUCUCUUUGCAGAGAAGAUGACAUAUGCAUAUGAGAGAUCUUUACGCUACAGAUUCAGAACGGUGAAUGUUGUUUCUUCAUUUUCCUUUUCUUUUUCUUCACUUGUCUUCGCUUGUAUGAGUAGAUAUAUAUUUGUAAUUCCAUCUCUUUUAACAAUUUUAUGAAUGUAGUUUCUUCCCCUUUUUCAUAAUAUUAAAAAUAAAUAAAUGGGAAUUGUCUCUA